AUGGGUUGCAAAACUGUCCACUACGACCUGGUCUUCCUGCUGGACACCUCCUCCAGCGUAGGCAAGGGGGACUUUGAGAAGGUUCAGCAGUGGGUGGCUAACCUGGUGGACACCUUCGAGGUGGGCCCCGACCGCACCCGUGUGGGGGUCGUGCGCUACAGCGACCAGCCCACCACGGCCUUCGAGCUGGGCCACUUUGACUCCAGGGAGGCGGUCAAGGCGGCCGCAGGGACCCUGGCCUACCAUGGGGGCCACACCAACACAGGCGACGCGCUGCGCUACAUCACGCGCCACAGCUUCUCCCGGCGGGCCGGGGGCCGGCCUGGGGACCGCGCCUUCAAGCAGGUGGCCAUCCUCCUGACCGACGGCCGCAGCCAGGACCUGGUGCUGGAGGCCGCGCAGGCCGCGCACCGCGCGGGCAUCCGCAUCUUCGCGGUGGGCGUGGGGCAGGCGCUGAAGGAGGAGCUGCAGGAGAUCGCCUCCGAGCCCAAGUCCGCGCACGUCUUCCACGUGUCCGACUUCGACGCCAUCGACAAGAUCCGUGGCAAGCUGAGACGUCGGCUGUGUGAGAACGUGCUCUGCCCCAGCGUCCGUUUGGAAGGAGAACGCUUUAAGCACACCAAUGGCGGUACCAAGGAGAUCACAGGUUUCGACCUGAUGGAUUUGUUCAGAGUGAAGGACAUCUUGGGGGAGAGGGACAACGGGGUGCAGAGUUCCUACGUGCGGAUGGGAUCCUUCCCGGUGGUGCAGAGAACUGAGGACGUGUUCCCGCAGGGUCUGCCUGAUGAGUACGCCUUUGUCACCACCUUCCGGCUCAGGAAAACGUCCCGGAAAGAAGACUGGUACAUCUGGCAGGUCAUCGACCAGUAUGGCAUCCCACAGGUGUCCAUCCGGCUGGACGGCGAGAACAAGGCGGUUGAGUACAACGCCGUGGGCGCCGUGAAGGAUGCCGUCCGGGUGGUCUUCCGCGGGCCCCGGGUCAUUGACCUCUUCGACCGGGACUGGCACAAGGUGGCCCUGAGUGUCCAGGCCCAGAACGUCUCCCUGUACGUCGACUGCGUGCUGGUGCAGACGCUGCCCAUCGAGGAGAGGGAGAACAUCGACAUCCAGGGCAAGACGGUGAUUGGCAAGCGGCUGUACGACAGCGUGCCCAUCGACUUUGACCUACAGCGGACUGUGAUUUACUGUGACUCGCGCCACGCAGAACUGGAGACUUGUUGCGACAUCCCCUCAGGGCCGUGCCAGGUGACCGUGCUGACAGAGCCUUCGCCCCCGCCCCCAAGGCCUCCCACCUCUGGCAGUGAACACAUUGGCUUUCUGAAGACCAUCAACUGCUCCUGCCCAGCUGGAGAAAAGGGUGAAAAGGGCUCUCAUGGCCCCUUGGGAUUCCCGGGCCCAAAGGGAGACAUGGGAGCCGCUGGGCCCGUUGGAGCUCCUGGACCCAGGGGAGAGAAGGGCGACUCGGGCAGAGGACCUUUUGUCCAUGGAGAAAAGGGUGAAAAGGGUUCCCUAGGCCCGCCCGGUCCCCCUGGGAGAGACGGCAGCAAAGGAGUCCGGGGGGAACCUGGAGAGCCGGGGCUGCCGGGCGAGGUGGGCAUGCGGGGACCCCAAGGACCCCCGGGACUCCCCGGACCUCCUGGACACGUUGGCGCUCCUGGUCUCCUAGGAGCCCGAGGGGAAAAGGCCACACAGCUGGAGAGGGGGGAGCGAGGCCUGGAUGGAUUCCCCGGGAAGCACGGGGAGACGGGAGAGCAGGGAAGGCCCGGCCCUCCCGGUGUGGCAGGACCCCGGGGAGAGAAGGGUGAUGUGGGGCCCGCAGGACCACCUGGCGUACCGGGCUCUGUGGUACAGAAAGAGGGCCUGAAGGGCGAGCAGGGAGCACCGGGACCACGAGGUCACCAGGGCCCACCUGGGCCACCAGGAGCUCCGGGUCUGACGGGUCCAGAAGGCAAGAAUGGACCGGCCGGUCUGCCAGGUCUCCGAGGGAAGAAAGGAGACGUGGGCCCACCUGGAGUCCCUGGACCACUGGGGCCGCAGGGCCCCCCAGGACCACCUGGCAGCGCAGGCCCCCCUGGACCCGGAGGCCCCCCGGGUUUACCUGGCGAGAUCGGCUUCCCGGGAAAACCUGGGCACCCCGGGCCGGCGGGGCCACCUGGAGAGCGUGGGCUGAGCGGACCCCCGGGCCUGCCAGGACCCAAGGGGGAGCCCGGCGACAGAGGAGAGGACGGCCUGCCCGGGAAACCUGGCCUUCGGGGCGACGUUGGGGAGCGGGGCCUGGCUGGCCGACCUGGAGAGAAGGGAGAGUCAGGGUUCCCAGGUGCUCCAGGAUUCCCGGGCCUGAGGGGAGAGAAAGGCGAGCAGGGAGGGAAAGGUGAACUGGGCCUCCCAGGACCGAAAGGCGACCCAGGUGAAAAGGGCGAAGCUGGUCCAGCAGGCCCCCCGGGAUUACCUGGAACUCCGUCCCUGUUCACCCCGCACCCGAGAGUGCCAGGGGAACCCGGUCCAAAAGGAGACAAGGGGGAUCGUGGCACGCCCGGGGAACCGGGCUCACAGGGCCGUCCUGGAGAACUGGGGCCUCCCGGAGCUGCUGGACCACCGGGUGCCAAGGGACAAGAAGGCGCACGUGGGGUGCCGGGAGCAGCUGGAAACCCCGGCGCUCCUGGACCUGUAGGUCCCCCUGGUCCCAGUGGCCCCCCAGGAAGUGUGGGCCCCCCUGGCAUCAGAGGACCCCCUGGGAAAGAUGGGGAGCGUGGAGAAAAGGGAGCAGCCGGCGAAGGAGGGAGCCCAGGGCCGGCGGGCCCCAGAGGGGAUCCUGGGGCUCCCGGGCUGCCUGGAACAGGGAAAGACGGAGAACCGGGACUCCGUGGACCACCUGGCUUACCUGGACCUUUCGGAACCAAGGGGGACCGAGGCCUACCUGGGAUCCCUGGCUCUCCUGGCAACCGUGGGGACCCGGGCAUCGGGCUUGCUGGCCCCCCUGGCCCCUCUGGAUCACCAGGAGACAAAGGACCCCCGGGAUCUCGAGGCUUACCUGGGUUCCCCGGCCCCCAGGGACCAGCUGGCCAGGAUGGAGUGCCAGGAAACCCAGGAGAAAGAGGGCCCCCUGGCAAGCCGGGCCCCUCUUCGAGGCUGUCUCCAGAGGACAUACAUCUCUUGGUUAAGGACGUGUGCAGUGAUUGCCCCCCAGGGCCCCCAGGCCUCCCUGGCCUGCCAGGUUUUAAAGGGGACAAAGGCCUCCCAGGAAAGCCCGGGAGAGACGGCACAGAGGGGAGAAAGGGCGAUGCCGGGUCCAGAGGUCCCCCAGGUCCCCCGGGAAUAGCCGGAGCGCAGGGAAGUAAAGGAGAGCAUGGUGCAGACGGUGAGGCUGGACAGAAGGGCGACCAGGGUCAUCCCGGAGUUCCAGGUUUCAUGGGACCCCCAGGGAACCCUGGGCCACCGGGAGCAGAUGGAGUUGCAGGAGCUGCUGGGCCACCAGGAAUCCAGGGACCACCGGGGAAAGAAGGUCCGGCCGGCGCCGAAGGCCCCCCUGGAUUACCGGGAACCCCAGGAGCAGAAGGCAAAGAGGGCAGAGACGGGAAGCCGGGUCCCCCUGGAGAGCCGGGCAAAGCCGGAGAGCCGGGUCUGCCAGGACCAGAGGGCGCCCGAGGACCCCCGGGCUUCAAGGGACACACGGGCGAUUCUGGCGCCCCUGGCCCCCGGGGAGAGCCUGGUGCCAUGGGGCCGCCAGGCCGGGAAGGGUCGUCAGGAAAAGAUGGCUUCAAGGGACACACGGGCGAUUCUGGCGCCCCUGGCCCCCGGGGAGAGCCUGGUGCCAUGGGGCCGCCGGGCCGGGAAGGGUCGUCAGGAAAAGAUGGAGAUCCCGGGAUCAAAGGUGACAAAGGAGCUCCCGGUGGGAAUGGCCAGCCUGGGGACCCGGGAAUCCCAGGCCACAAAGGCCACACGGGCCUGAUGGGACCCCAAGGCCCACCUGGGGAUAGUGGGCCGGCCGGGCCCCCGGGGCCUCCGGGCCAGCCGGGAUUUCCAGGACUGAGGGGGGAACCUCCCUCUCUGGACACCCUGCGGCGGCUCAUCCAGGAAGAACUCGGGAAACAGCUGGAAACCAAACUUGCCUACCUCCUGGCCCAGAUGCCGCCCCCGGCACACAUGAAGGCAUCUCAAGGCAGACCCGGGCCCCCGGGCCCCCCCGGGAAAGAUGGGCUUCCAGGCCAGGCAGGCCCCAUGGGGGAGCCAGGACGGCCCGGGCAGGGGGGUCUGGAAGGACCUUCUGGACCAGUAGGACCCAAAGGUGAGCGAGGAGCCAAAGGUGACCCAGGUACGCCUGGCGUUGGCCUCCGAGGAGAGAUGGGACCCCCUGGAAUCCCAGGGCCCAAGAUGCAACAGCAGCUGUCCCGCCUGCAUCACCACCAGCCUCAAGGGAAGGCUGGGGAGAUAGGGCUUCGGUUACCACAAGGGCCCUGA